AUGGCGGGGGUAACACUAUCUCGACAGCUUACCAAGGCCCAUAGGGUGGAUGAUUUGAAUGGCAGCCGGUUUAAAUUCCUUCCCCUAGAUACACUGAACAGACUUAUUACCGAGGAGAACGUGAGAUCAGAAUUGGCAAGAAAACCGCCAAGGAGGCCACGUAUCUCGCUUACUUCCGCCUCCGAGCAGGCUCGGACAUUGGCAUCGAGAGUUGUGACUAAGAAAGGGAGAAAGCUGUUCGUGAUAUUAGUUCACCUCAAAAAGCCAUGGGAUGUCAGAAAAUUAAUGGAUGCGGGCCUCAACGAUGAUUUCCUACCACUUUUUAGGAAUGGACAAGGCAGAAAUGAAGACCAGCUACAGUCAGCUCGUGACGCCAGAAUCAUCUUCAACCCCCCUGACGAUUGGGAAGAUCAAGACGUGGAUGACUUUAUCGAUAAGCAAUGGCUGGUAUUAGCUCCCGUUUUUGGGACUUCGGGAGCUCACAGGAUACUUGAUGCUUCAUGUCCCCUACCACUCGUCAAAGUUGACGGAACCAUUCAUGGCCCCGGGAGCGUGGUGUAUAAGACCGAUGUUCAUCCAUCCCAACAACAAGGCAUCAUGCUCGAAUAUCAGAACGCCGAGGUUGCUUUGAAAGAAUUCAAACGCGAUAAAGACUUUCAACAGGAAAGAGACAAUCUGAAGAGGAUCCGCAAACUCCGAAACAAGCACAUCACUAUCCAUUUCGAAACCUUUAGUCAAGGCGACAGAAGCUACAUUUUGUUUCCUUGGGCAGGAGGCGGCGACCUAGAGAACUUCUGGAAAAGCAGAGACAACGAAGCCCGAACGCACCAACUAGCUCUCUGGAGUUUGGAACAGAUGCUCGGUCUAUCUGAGGCCCUAUAUGCUCUCCAUGAGGAGAUGGGACAAGACGCAAAUUGCCGCCACGGCGAUCUCAAACCCCAAAAUAUUCUCCAUUUCCUCACAGGGGCAAGCGGAGGUAUUCUCAAGAUCUCUGAUUUUGGCAUCUCUCGUGUUCACCAGGUUGGAACCUUUGAGAGGGACAUGCAGCCUACCAUCACGCGAGCGACAUCGCCGUCUUACGAGGCGCCCGAAGCCGUCGUGGGAGAGAACCGUGCCAGGUCCCGCAAGUACGACAUCUGGUCUCUCGGCUGCAUCUUCUUGGAAUUCGCAAUCUGGCUUGUUCAAGAUUGGGACGCCAUAAACAGAUCCUGCGAUGCCAGAACACCGAAAGGACCUCAGCCAGCUGGGGGUUGGGCGCACUUUUACCGCAUCGAAGGUCCUAACGUUAUGGUUCAUCCCGAAGUCCCUCGCGCCAUACAUCGUCUCAAAAGCUUGGCGCCGUCUGCCCCAGGUACAGCAUUGGGAGAUCUGUUGGACAUCAUUCAGGCCAAUCUGGUGAGAGUUGACAUCAGGGAACGGCUUGACGCGAAAAGUCUUUGCGAGAAACUCAAGCAGAUAAUCAGCAGAGCUCGUGCUAAUCCCGCAUACCUGUUCGGUUCUGGUUAG